AUGAAGGACUUAAUUACUGGAGACCCGAGAGCCAAAUACAUUAAGAGAAUUCAGGAAAGAUUUUUUGGAAGCUCUUCAGAUGAGUUUGAUGCCACUAGUCUGGCUCUCAUCCACAGAGGAGACCACCACUUGGGGACAUCAUUUUCUGCAGAAACCAACCAAAAGUAUGAGGAUACAGACUUGAUGAAGUAUAUUGAGACUGAACUGAAGAAGAGAAAGGGGAUCAUAAAAUAUAAAGAACUGAAAAUGAAGUCAAAGAAUGCAGAGGACUGUCUCUAUGGACGUCCAGAAAACAUCUGUGUUUCCUCAGCAAAGAAUAUCAAGGAGAUGCUUUCCAACCAGAAGCUGAGCAUCAUCCCUGAGGUGGAUCCUAGCAUUGCUGCUAAAAUAAAAAAUAAAAUUUCCAUAGACUAUGCCAGGGAUCACCUGCUGGCAGAGCAGCACAAUAAGAAGGAAGAUGGCAAGACAUCCUUCAUGCCCAUCAACAUGGCUGUAAAUUACAUGCAGCUCAACCAAUUUUAUCAUGAGGAGCUCAAUGAUCCCAUUCAGAGAAAUAAAGAAGAGCCCAAAGCCCACCACUUGAGAGUGGAUGACACAAAGAAGCCACAGCCUGAGCUGUCCCCUUGCAACCACAAGUGUCCUGCUAAUGAGAUGGUUGCUGAUGACUAUUGCUAUGAAGUUCAAGAUGAACAGGCAGUACUGAGACUGAGUCAAGCAGAGCAGGAUUGUGAAAGCACUUCCCUCCCCACUAUGAGAAAUGCUUUUUGGCCUGGCACUUGCUCAUCUGCCUGCACACAGUUCCAAAACCAGACUCUGAAAUUUGGUAUACCCAAGGAAUAUGAAUGCCAUGCCUAA